AGAUAGAGUGAGAAGAAAAUCUUGCAAAAAAUGGCGCAGUUAUUGGAUAAGGCGAAGAAUUUCAUAGCAGAGAAUAUCGGAAAUAUAAAGAAACCAGAAGCGACGGUCACCGACGUUAGUUUCAAGAGCGUUACCACUGAUUCUGCCAUUGUCAAUGCGAAGGUCUCCGUAAGCAACCCGUACAGCACCUCCAUACCAAUUUGCGAGAUCUCUUACACCCUCAAGAGUGCUAACAGAGAGAUAGCGUCGGGGAAGAUGCCGGAUCCGGGAUCGUUGAAGGGGAGCGAUACGACGUUGCUGGAGGUGCCGGUGAAGGUGCCGUACUCGAUACUGCUGAGCUUGGCUAGGGAUUUAGCUAGGGAUUGGGACAUUGAUUACGAGCUGGUGUUGGGUUUCACCGUCGACUUGCCCAUCAUCGGUAAUUUUACCAUCCCUCUUUCAUCCAAGGGAGAGCUCAAGCUGCCUAGCUUUUCUGACCUCAUCUAACUUCUU